AUGGAAUUAAAGGUUUUAAGUUUGUUUUUCUUGCUAACAGCUGACUUUUGUUAUGGUCAGAUCCAAACACAACAACAGCAGCAACAAAGUAGUCGAGCUCAGGGUAGAAGUUUUGGAUUUGGUGGUCCCUAUUUUGGAGGUUAUGGUUCUGCUUACGGACAAAGUAAUUCAUUUUCCAGUUCCGCUUCCUCCUCCUUUAAUCAGGGCUAUGGUGGCUUUGGAGGUUAUGGUGGUUAUCCUGGUUACGGCGGCUAUCCCGGUUAUGGUGGUUAUGGCGGCUUAGGAGGUUAUGGUGGUUACAAUUCGGCUUAUAAUGGCUAUAGUAGUGGUUAUAGCGGCUAUAAUUCUGGUUUUAGAGGUGGUUAUGGCGGCUAUGGUGGUUAUCCUGGUUUUGGUGGUCUCUAUGGUUAA